UGACACAAUCAAGCUCUCCUCAGUCCAGUCUCCUUGAUAAAAGACAAUACAUUACCCAAAUUAGCAGAAACUUCCCUUUAGCUGAAACUAUGACCAAAUUUUACAGUGUGGGCGUCAACAUAACAUUUUUUGCUGGUAUUCGGCGAUGGUGAUUUUGCAUUCCCUGAAGAGUAGUUCACCUUCUUGCCGGUGUACUUGUGAAGCCUUAACGUGUAUCCAGCUUUGUUUGACGGAGCGGACCGGCGCCAAAUGUGAGUCUGAUGAAGUGAGGAUGCUGUGGGGAGUUCGCACAUGAGGCACAUGGGGUUUGAAAACUCUUGUUUUGUUGCUGGCCGGGGAAACUACGAGGAUUUGAAGGACAAAACAAAAAGAGGGUAGUAACAGGAGGUGUGAGUUGCCUCUCACUGCUGUCUCCCUGCCACUACCAUGAGUUGGAGUUUCCUGACUCGCCUGCUGGAAGAAAUCCACAACCACUCCACAUUCGUGGGCAAGAUCUGGCUCACGGUACUCAUUGUGUUCCGCAUCGUGCUGACAGCCGUGGGAGGCGAGUCCAUCUACUACGAUGAGCAGAGCAAGUUUGUCUGCAACUCGGGCCAGCCGGGCUGUGAGAACGUCUGCUAUGACGCCUUCGCUCCCCUCUCGCACGUCCGCUUCUGGGUUUUCCAGAUCAUACUGGUGGCCACACCCUCACUCAUGUACCUGGGCUACGCCGUCAACAAAAUCACUCGCGCAGAGGAGCAGGCGGGCUUUGGGGGAGGUGGAGUUGGUGGAUAUUCACGGAGGAAAUCCAAGAAGCACUAUAUGUCAGGCAGGAAGCAGCACAGGGGCAUUGAAGAGGCAGAGGAUGACCAAGAGGAGGACCCGAUGAUCUAUGAGAUGGCAGAGGUGGAGAGCGAUGCCGGUGGAGCACCAAAAGAAAACAGUGGUGAUGGACAGGCGAAGGGUAAAGUACGCCAUGACGGGCGGCAGCGUAUCAAAGCAGAUGGACUGAUGCGUAUUUAUGUGCUUCAGCUCCUGGCCCGCUCCCUGCUGGAGGUGGCCUUCCUGUGUGGACAGUACGCUCUGUAUGGUUUCGCUGUUCCCGCCUCCUACGUGUGCUCAGACCUGCCCUGUCCUCACAGCGUUGACUGCUUUGUGUCACGACCAACUGAGAAAACCAUUUUCCUCCUCAUCAUGUACACCGUCUCCCUGCUAUGCCUGGCUCUCAACAUAUGGGAGAUGCUACACCUGGGAGUAGGUACCAUCUUUGACAUUAUGCGCUACCACAGGUCUGAGCUCUCCGAUGACGAGCUGUACGGGCUCACGCGGACACGAGGCUCUAACAAUGCUGGAUUGAGUGGAGAGGAUUACAGCAGCUACCCUUUUUCAUGGAACGCACCAUCAGCGCCACCUGGCUACAACAUCGCCAUCAAGCCUCCUCUGGUAUCUACAGGACACCACGAACAGCCACUUCCCAUCACCGAUCUCAGUAACGCCAAGAUGGCAUGCAGGCAGAACCACGUGAACAUCGCCCAGGAGGAGCGCCAGCAGUACACCAAUAAUGAUGAGAACCUGUCCGCACAUGGGAUGGGAGAUUCCCCCCGAGGUGUUCAUAAGGACAUUUGUCAGCCUCAGAGCAGGCUGCAGGCUGACAGUCAGGCCUACAGCCAGCCACAGAUCCACAGUAAUAGCCACAGCAAGCCUCAGCGUGAACGCAAACACAGACAGGCUUCCAAACACACCGCGAGCAAGACAGACGGAGACCGAGGCAGCAGCACAAGCAGCAGCAGCAAAUAUGGAGUCAUAAAGGGUUCAGAGUGGAUCUAAGAUACAGACUUUGACUUUUGAUGUUGUAGAUGUUUAAUAAUGAAAAUCCUUCUCACACUGACACAAUAUCUAUGCUUGUGUUGUGUGUCCAUACUACAAACACAUGGACACAUCUCCCAGUCAAUAGUUUUCAUUAGGAAUGUUUCCAAACACUAUUUCCCUGUCGAGUCAACAUAUCUUUAAAUUCAGACUAUUCUGGAUUAGUCUGAAGUUAAGAAAAACUCAGAGAACAACCAACAUUGAGCACAACCUCUUUAACAAAGCUCAACAUGAAGUCUACAGGUAAACACUGUCAAAUGGGUUUGCAGAAUGUGGCUAACGUUAGCAGUGCUAGCACUUCCAGCCUUUGAUCCGCUUUUCAGGUUUGUGUCCACAUGCCUGUGCUGGUUACUUAUUGCUCUGUAUGAGUGGUUAUAUGCCCAUUUAACCUGAUGAAGCUUACAUACAACUUUGUCUCCAUUUUCUUGAUCAAAAGGUCAAUCAUUUGUUUACUCACUAGUAAGUCUGGUGCCUACUAGUGAGGAUGACUAUGUUUAAUCUUUUUGUUGGCUAAUCGCGGACAUCCCUACUUUUCAUGCCAUUAAAAUUCGUAAAUGUAAAUAUUAGUAUCAGAAUCUUCCUUGCAUCAACUGGCAGAUCGUUUUGUCCUAUGAACACUUAACACUAAUUUUUUUUUGCUCUAGAUCUUUAAACAGAGAGAUGACGUGUAUAAAAAGCAAAUUCCUGAUGCAAGUUUUAUAACCAAAAGUGUCUGAUUUAACAUUUCAAUUUAGGGCUGAAAUAAUUGAUUGAUAAAUAAUCAUAAAUAUAAUUGUCCAAACUUUGAUUAUACAUGGUUUAAGUUUUUUAUUUGUCCAAGGAAAACAUACUAAUUUACUUUAUGUUAAAUAUUUUAAAGAUUAUAUCUCUUGUUUAGGACUGAUUAUUUGACAAAAUAAAAAAAACGAAGCAACAACUUAAUGUGUUGGAUAAAACAUUUCAUUGGUUUGUGGUUUAACAACAAUCUUGAAAUAAUAUUAGGUAAACCCCUUUUAGGCCUUUUAGGAUUGCGGUCAGCAUUGCCGUUGUGCUGAAAUAUGUUUUAUACAGUGCAUAAAAGAACAUAAAAAAACAUUGGGUCCAAGGUAAUUGUCAGCCUCUGAAAGUGUUGAUGUCCUUAUGAUACUGAUACGUUUGUAUUACAGUGUCAGUUUAAUGUAUAAAGCAAAGUAUUCAAGAAGCUUUAAAACGACAGAACAAGAUAGAUUCUGCUACUAAUAUGUGUAUCUAAAUUUCAAAGCUAACCAAUGGGGUUGAUGUUAAGGGAAUGGGAAACGACAAAAACAGAGGAAAAAGCUGGAUUAGUGUUUCUUGCCACUGUGUUCAACAUUUCACUGUUGUGUGUGAAAGUACCAAAAUAACAGUUUAUUUUAUCGUACAUUCUCUGCAGGAAGUAGACUGUUGUCAUUUAUUUUUGGUGAAUAUGCAGAUGCUGCUAUGCUGAAACCUGAGAUGCCUUACUAAAACAAACUUUGUCAAAAUGCUUCCACAGACUCUGCAUCACUUUCAGUACAAGUAUUGAAAAAGAUUUUUUUUUUACACAAAAGAUCCCACUUUUGAAACUACACAAGGGUUGAUGUUUAAGAAAGAUAGCUGUUGUUCAAUAUACGAGUAUUACUAUUUACACCAGGCUUGAUUUGGAUUGUUUUUUCACAGCCAUAAUCAGUAUGUUUUCGGUAGGUACAUUUAAAGUGUUCAUGCGUCGAGAGAGAAAAAGAGGUCUCAUUCUUAUUUUGAAUCAAUGUCAUUCGAAGUGUUUUGGAAAGUUAAAUUGCUUCUCUCUUUGUUCAGACUGUUGUCAGUGUCUUAUUGUUGAGCUGUUGCAGUUUUCUGCCAUAGGUUUUAUUUUUCUUGAGUUUAUCUUGUGAUGAUUCUCUCCAAUAAGUCUUAAGGUUGUGUUGUUAACAUAAAAAAAACCUAACCAGUGCAUCUAGCCUUUGCUAAAAGAGUUCCUUUUCAUCAGUACCCUACAUUUAUUUUUGCAGAUUUUCAAAUUGAAAUUGAAGUGAGGCAAGUCAUUUGCACUGUGACAGUGUUCUUGUGAAAAAAUAUUUUUGUAAACAAAAAUGCAUGUUUUGAAUAAAUAAUUGGUUUCAA